GCCAGCCUCGUGAUCAGCUGUAAUUUACUAGGGUCCAAAUGGUCCAAAUAGUCAACAGAGCCUGUAUACAGCAUCGCCAUUGCCUCUAACUUCUCACUUCUCUUGGGUCGACCUCGAUUGCUGAGGAAUUUCAGUCCCGCACUCAACCAACUCGAGCCCAUCAAGAUGCGUCCCAGUUUCCUGUUGCGCAAGGAGUUCGGCAACUUGGCCGUGAUCCGCGGGACGGUCAAGUACCAUCUGUCCCCAUUGGAACAGCGAGCUUUCGCCGGAGCCAUUUCACAGGGCGUGCCCAACAUCUUUUGGCGUUUCCGCCAAUCCUUCUUCUACGUGGUGCCCCCCAUGCUCUUGAGCUAUUUGGUCUACUACACGGCAGAAAUGGAACACGAUCGAUUGCAACGGAAGCAGCCCGGUCAAUUCGACCAUGAAAAGUAAACAGCCCGCCCCUCAAAUUUAACGGUUCUGGGUCAUCAUAAUGUAGUGACUUGUAAGAAAUAAAAAUCUUAAGUUUAUAA